AUGAGACAAUUGUACAUUGGGAAUGUUACUCUAGAUGAUUUCAAAAGAGUUGCUCAUUAUUUCCCGAAUCUGGAAAAGCUACAUAUUAGAGAUGAAGGUGUUCAUCAUUUCAACAAAGGACCAGUUUUUGAAAAGCUUAAAAUAGCUGAACUUGACUUGUCGUCUCCUGAUGAGAUUUGUUAUGCUUUCCAGUUCAUGGAUUCAUGUCCAAAUUUGCAAAGUGCACAUAUUUACACAAAAUAUCAUCACUUUUUUGUUGAUGGAAACUUGAAACUCGAGUGCUUGCAAGAUUUAGUUUUAUCUUAUAUUGGCUCUUCUCGAAUCGACUGGAAUGAUUUAAAAAGAUUGUUUAUUAAGUAUCCGAAUCUUAAACAUCUUAGGUUGGACAGACUGUGGAUUUACGAUGAACAUAUCGAGCAAUUGAUUCACAUUUUACCCGAAUUAGUACUUUUGCAUAUUCAUGAUUCUCCUAGAGUCACUCAAAGGGCUGCUGAUUAUGUUGAAAAUUAUUGUAAACGGUAUGGAAGAUCAAUCAAGUUUUACUUCAAUGAUGACGAUGACUACAAUCAAGUCGCAUCAGAAUGGCCUCAGUUGUCCACUGAAGAUGAAGAGUUUAGUCUAGGCUUUGAUUUCAUGAAACAUUGUUUUCUUAAAUAUUUCGAUGCCCUUCCCUAUUUCUUGAUUCCUAUUGAUUAUUGAGAACCGCAUACUUAUUAAUUUAUUUGUUAUUUUUAUACCUCGGAAGCCCAUUUUUUUAUCAAUAAAAUGUAUUCGACCAUCCUCAAA